AUGAUAGUCGACCGCCAAUGUUCCUCUUCCGUGCCACAGAUCUACCGCCUUCAAUACACCGACGGAGGCGAGGAGUGUAAAAUAACCGGCGGAGGCGAGGCGUGGAUGGACGACGGAGGCAAGGCGUGGAUGGAGGACGGAGGCGAGGAGUGGAGCAGCCGUGGAGGACUCGCCGAUGCCGGAAACAGAUUUCGAAGUGGGCGGCGCUGAAUGAUAAUAGAUUAGGUUAAUUUUUUUGGUGUUGUUCCCGGUUAAACCGGUUGGUUUGAUCUGAUUUCAGUUUUGUAAAUUUUAUUUAUGUCUCGGUUUGGAUUAUUAAUAUAAUAUUAUUAAAAA